GCGCCAAAGCGGCUCCUGAGAGCUCGGCGCGCGCGCGGCAGUCAGCACGAGGAGCGGCGCGAAGAAACAAACCGAAGGAGGGAAGGAAAACGAGGGAAGGCCGCCGGCACGCGGACGGACAACUGUUCUAGUGGUGGAUGUAGCAGUUGGCGCGUGCGUGUGCGCGCGGCACGCGCUCUGCGGCUUUCCAACUGUGUGGGUCCGUGCGCGUGAGCGGAGGAUGGGAGGAAGCUGCUCGUUCAGAUGCCUCGCGCUCUUCCUGGCUGUCCACAUAGUGUCCGUGCUGCAGACGGUGCUGGUCAGUGCUGGUCAAUGCGACUCCGUGUUCAAAGGCUUCUCGGACUGUCUGAUCCAGCUGGGAGACAACAUGGCCAACUACCCGCAGGACCUGGAUGACCGGGAGAACCUGCAGAAGAUUUGCUCUUACUGGGAUGACUUCCACUCCUGUGCCACGACGGCGCUGGCGGACUGCCACGAGGGAGCCACGGACCUCUGGGACAAACUGAAAAAGGAGUCCCGAAGCCUGAAUUUCCGUGGGAGUUUGUUUGAACUGUGUGGCGGCGGCAACGGAGCCCCCAGAUCUGCAGACGCCAGAGGAGUAGCCUUGGUUCUAACCACACUGCCCACCAUACUGACUUGGCUGGCAUUUUAACACCAACGGAGAGGAAACGCAGAAAGACAAAGAGAAACCAAGAUAUUAAAAAAAA